ACCAAGUCUUCAUCUCAUCCAACGCUCUGGAGAAGCACAUCGCCCAUCCGACGACCUCCGAGCCUCACCUAGAACCCACUCGCAUUCCCACUCCGGUCCCGGCGCCCGCCCGCGCUUCCCCCAGCCCACGGAGAACCAUGGCAGAGGAGGCAGAGGUCGAGAUGGAGACCGCCGCCGGCGCCGUGCCGGUCCCCUUCCAGCUUCAACUAGACAAGUCCAUCCCCUUCCAGAUCAAUAUCGCGGAGUGGAACCCGGAGAAAGAUCUGCUUGCCAUGGUCACCGAGGACUCCAAGGUCGUAUUGCAUCGUUUCAACUGGCAGAGGCUUUGGAUGAUCUCCCCAGGCAAGUGCAUUACGUCACUUUGUUGGCGUCCAGAUGGCAAAGUUAUUGCUCUUGGCCUUGAAGAUGGUUCCAUUCUACUACAUGAUGUUGAGAAUGGGAAGUUAUUAAAGAGCAUUAAGUCACAUUCUGUGGCUGUCAUCUGUUUGAACUGGGAAGAAGAAGCACACAUUGAAAAGGGUGAGAUAGAUAGUGCUUUUGUUUAUGAAGAUCGUACUAGGCGUUUCUUCCCUCCUGCUCCAAGAGUUCCUCGGAUGCCUGGACUGAAUGCUGGAGAUGCUGGUUUUAUGGAUGACCUUGAAGAUACCUUUCAUGAGUUAUCCACUUCUCCAAGGCAACAUUUUAACAUGCUGUCUAGCGGAGAUAAAGAUGGUUGCAUUUGCUUCAGUAUUUUUGGAAUUUUUCCAAUAGGAAAAAUUAACAUUCACAAGCUGUCUCUUUGUGCUCCAUUUCUAGACAAGACAGCUACAUUCCAGCUUCUAAAUGCUUCUAUACACCAGUUGGCAUUAUCAAAAGAUCUGUCUCAGCUAGUUGUUCUGAGCUUUGGGGAGCUCGAGGAAAACCUUGUGAAGCCAAAAGGCAAGAAUGUACAGAAGGAUGAAGAAUAUGCUGAGGUCCAGAAGUUUUCACAUACUGGGGAUUCUUCAGUUGGAUUGCAUUGUCUUCUUCUUAAUACAUCUAUAUUUCUUGACAGAAAAAAUGAGCUUCAGCAGGUGGCCCAACAAGCUUCAAGUAUUGAAGAUUUAGUUGAGGUUGUUCGUGCUUCCCUGUCAGUUAUGUCCAAGCAAUGGUCUGAAGCCAUGCAUUCAUUUCAUGAGAAAUUUGACCCUCUGUCUUCUUUGAUUGUCAGUCAUGGCCUGGAUUCCAAUCCUCAAGAUGAGUUUCUUAGUGUCCUAUUUGGGGCGAGGACAAGUCCACCACUUCAUCAGUUUCUAGUCAAUUCACUUGGUGAAGCGGGUCUGAAGCGUGUCUGCAAGGCUGUUGAUACCGCAGGAAAGGAGCUACAUUCUGUCAUUCAUGAACAUCUUCAGCCUGCUGUAGAGAUUAUCGGAUUUAGAAUUGCGGAACUAAGAGGCCUUUCAAGAUGGCGUGCAAGGUAUCACAUUAUUGGAUUGGAUGAAAAACUUAUUGAUAGUGCAACAGAGAAGGCUGGAAUGUUGCUUGUGCAUGUUGAACGGUUUUUGAGGAUCCUAGCAAUUGUGUUGUAUCAGUUCCAAAAUUUUUUCAAUUGGGUUUUGAGAUAUAUAAAGAUACUAAUGUCUGAACCGAUUGAUCAAAUACAACCAGCGAACAGUGAACUUAUUGUUGUGUUCUUGAAGUUUCUGCUUGAUCAUGAUCCCAUUGGAGAGUUACUGGAAGUAAAUAAAAUAAUUGAGGUUGAUGUAGACACUAUGCAGCGAAUUGAACAACUUGUAAUGUUUGGAGGAUAUUCAGAUACUAAUUACUUGGAGAAAACCUUAUCAGAUGAAUUUAAUCAGCUGGAGCAAUGCUUAAAGGAGGCUUUCCUACUUCAGUUCACCACUAUCUCGCAGAAGAUUCAUUGUGAAGAUUUGAUGCCACUGUAUAAGGUUGGAUAUACACCUGAAGUUUCAUCAUCGGAUGCCCCUACAUCAAUAUUCUACUACAAGGGUGACCAUGGUGCUACUUCAGAAGUGUGUACAGAUGGUGAUAGCCGUGUAGACUAUAUAUGCUUUAAAGUACCUGAUGAAUCACUUGAGUUGACAAACUGUAUUGGCAUCAUAAGGGGUUUUGCAAAUGGACUGGAUCCUGUUCAGAAGAGAGUAACUUCUCCUGAAGCUAUUUUAUUAUGUAUACCAGAUGCAUUUCAGUGCAUUGAUCUAUCUUUGUAUAAGGAAAACCAAAUUGUUCUUUUACUUAAUGAAGCAACCUCCACAUCUGAAAGUACAAUGAGAUCUUUGGUAAUGAUGGUACAAAUUAGUGACUUUUGCUUUUUGCCUCUUUCAAGACGAACACCAGCCAACCUCUGGACAUUGCAAAUCUUGAAGGCUUCUGCUGUUGACAUGCACCUGGAAAUUGGAAAAGUUCGUUAUAUUUCAGAACCUGUAACUAGCCCGCUGGCUGUCAGUGCUUCCAGGGGACUUGCGUGUGUUUUUACAUCAAGAAGGCAUGCCAUGGUGUAUAUUCUUGAUGAAGAUGAGGAUGAGACUUCCGACAUCGAUUGAGUCAACAUGGAUAGGAAAUUGUUUACUAGAUUGUCAUUAAUUUGUCGUCCCAAUUGUUUGCUGUUGACUGAUCCUUGAAAUUUUAACAUCAGAUGCGGAGAACUGGAGGAUUUUGUAAGUUUCUGUUCAAUUUUUGCUUAGUCUGAUCUUUUAAUCA